AAAACACUCACGACGCGCGCGACCCUGUGAAUUGCGAAUCGUUUCACUCGUUGCGGAAAAAAUUAUUUUUAUUUACAAACCCGGGAAAUCAUCGAAAUCUGGAGAAAGAGGAGAGUGCGGGAAAGGUGGGGAUAAGGGAGACUGGCCAGGGCUGUCCCAGGAUGACGACAGAAAAAAUGUCUAUCGCCGCUUCAGAAAACUAUCAGCUGAAAUGGCACAGCUACAGUGCUCAUCUUCACAGUUCUGUUGCAACUUUGCUCCACUCUGAAUCUUUUGCUGAUGUCUUAUUGGCAACGUCAUGCGGAAGACAUGUGGCUGCUCACCGAUUCGUUCUUGCCGCUUGCUCUUCGUAUUUGAGCCACAUUUUUCAAACUUGCCACUUUGGGGCCAACACCAAUUCACCCUACAUUGUGGUGCUCCCAACCGAGAUUGGUUACCGAACCCUGAAAAUUUUGAUCCAGUACAUGUACAGUGGAGAAGCAACCGUGACAAAUGAUCAACUCGAGGGUGUCCUGAAAGCCGGAGACAUCCUCAGAGUGAGAGGACUCUGGAGAUCGAACACCGGAGGCAGUAAGAAGGAAAAUAUCCAAUCCAACAACCAGAAAGUCGAACGAGACAAGCGGGAACCGCCCCCCUUAACCGGACAAAUCCAAAAGAUAAAACUCGUUCAGCCAGCAGAAAAAACCGCCCUCGAAAAUGUCCCUCAGGCUACAACGCCUCAAGCUAAUCUCCAGAGCAGCGCUCUUCCGGCACAGAAUAAGCCACUCGAGAGGAAAAAUAGCGAGAGGGAAGAAGUUGAGGAGGAGAAAAUCGACGAAAUUGAUGAGAAAAUUCUCUUGGAAGAACCGAAAAAUGCGGACCAUAGCAAGCACAAGGAAAGUGUCGAUGUCAUUCCAAAGAAGAGGAAAAGUGCGGCUGAUUCCGAGUCUACGAAGUCGAAGAGCGAAAGUGGAGAUAAUGAGUUGAAUUUGGAUCUUCUCGUGAAGGACGAACCGAUUGAUUGGGACGAGUCGAUGGAUCCUUCGGAUUCACUCACGAUCGAUCAUGACAUUGACAUUAAGCCCGAAAUCGUACACAGUGCGGACGAGGAUGGAGACAUCGAAGAAGAGGAAUAUACACCACUAACAUGUGAUAUGUGCAGCCAAACUUUUAACAGACCUUCCGAUUGGGUUAGACACAUAGAAUUCACACACGCCGACAUGACAGAAAAUCGAAGAAAAAGGCGAAAGGUACUUUAA